CGAAUCACCUUACUGCUUCCGUCAUGGCAACUAUGGCAUGUGUUUCCCCGGAGCCGACGCGGUCACGUCUCGUUGAUCGUAUCGUCGGCCCAGACGAUUCGGAGAGCAUGAACGCGGAGGCUAAUUCAAGGGUAUCACUGGCAGGAUUACUGGAUCCUAGGACGUGGAAUCUCCCUGGCUGGAACGACUCUCAUUCGUCACAAAGACCGUCUUCAGACACAAUAGGACAGCUGGACUCGUCUUUGGCUCUGCUCUCUAGAUACCGCAACACAUUGCAACCAUUCCACCGACUCUCAUCAGACGUCCUUGUUCUCAUCUUCCUCGAGCUACAACGAGACGAAUGGAACCCAGUGCCCCAAUCAUUCGGUGCCUACAAAUACCUCCCCGUCACUAAAGUCUGCCACAGCUGGCGACAGGUCGCACUCAAUGCGCCCAUUCUCUGGCGGCAGCUGAGCACGCGAUAUCCCGACAUGGCAAUGGCUGCCAUCGAACGCUCCUUGGAUGCGGGAUUAUGCUUCGUCAUCCCACAGAACUACCAGGAGGGAGAUAAAGUGGCGGCACUCAUCAAAGCGGUCGCAGCGCAGACGCGGCGACUCCAGCGGUUGUACAUUCCAUCGACGAUGCUGAAAUCGAGCGACGGGAACAUUGACCCAGCUCUUACGCCGCUUAUUGAAGCUCCUGCGCCAAUACUAGAGAUUUUGGAGACGUUUAAAGUUCACGGAGAGGGCGAUUGUCGACCGCUCCCUGUGUUGUUCAAGGGAGAGGCGCCCUGCCUCAGCAGGCUGCGUGUGCAGUACCUCUGCCCUCAACUGAACAGCAUCUCGGUCUCAAAGCUAAAAUAUUUGUCGUUCUCGGGCAAGAAGCGGGCGCCACUGUCCAUGACGGUGUCACAGCUGCUGGACUUGCUCGAGAGGUGCCCGCUGCUCGAGAUCUUCAAGACCGAGAAGGUCUCCUGGCAGGCGGCGCAAGACGACGACAAGCGGAAAGUGCGUCUGGAGCACUUGAAGUACCUCGAGCUCGGCCGUGCGAACGGAUCUGUCAUUUCUGACAUCGUGGGUCGCAUCACCGCGCCGGACUACGCCAUGAAGCUCAAGGUCUGGCUCGAGCGGUACGACGACAAUAAGUUCUACAUCGGUAUUCCGUCCGAGCAUCUGCUCGAGUUCGACCAUCCAUUGCGCGACCUGCGGAAGCUCUUCGUAGACUACAUCAACGGAUACGAGGGCGUGGCCAUCCGGGGUGCAACGAGCAAGUUCCCGAUCGAAAUCCACGCGCUGCUCGAGGACACGACGGUGGCGAACGUCGGUGACAUGGACAGCAUUGCGGCCAGCGUUUUCCAGUCGAUCUGUCGCACGUUCGACACCGAGCACCUCGAGGAGUUCGCGAUCUACGAGAUGCGCACGCAUGCGCGCUGGACCAACUUCACGAAGAAAGUCUGGGUCGAGCUCUUCAAACGCACCCCGCGGCUCAAGUCGCUAUAUGUCACGACGGACAUAAGCUAUGACGAGGGCCUCUCGCGCGCGGUGCUCGCGGCUCUCGUCGCGCCUGACGAGCGCACCACACGCAUCCUCUGUCCCACGCUGGAGAACCUGUUCGUGAAUGGAGACAAGACGUGGUCAUCCCUCCAGGCGUAUGUCAUGGCAGAGGAGCGUGCGCGGGCUGGUCAUCCGCUCAAACGGGUAUCGAUGCGUCUCUCGCAUUACGCGAGUUUCCACGAUCCCGACGACACGGACCUGCCAUUGUUGAGGAAGCACGUCGAGACCGUGGACCUUAACCCCCCUGAGAUAUCUUUCCCGGAUUAUCCUGAUACCAAUUAGCUUCCUAGUACACAUGCCGAAGAUACCAAUAUGCUUCCAUAUGACACCGCAUCUGUAGUUGUAUAGUAGAUUUUCCGGCUCAGCACUGUACUGUAUAUUAGCAACGUGCAGAGAGGACGCUCCUAUGUAGAGUUUGG